AAUUCUGACUCGUUCUGAUGCAUUGUAUCUCGUGACUAUUCUUCUCCUAUGAAGCAGCCUCCUGGCAUAUAUUCUGCAAUAUUAACUGGCACAAGUCUCGCUUCAGUCUGGUGUCAGCGUCGGCAAUCAACUCCUCAUUAUCGCGAUUCGCGGGCGGAGCCCCGCGACUCCGACUGCCUACUAGUAACCGACCCACCAUCGAUGAUGGAUGGAGCCCAGGCCACAUUCCGUCCCGGGCCUGGGGAGUCCGGUGCCAGUCCUUGAGUUCAACUGUCUUCGUCCCAUCUUUGGGACACCGCUGCUGGGCUUUUUCCUGGGGAUAAUCAUGGCACCCAUGAUUCUAUCUCGCCGUUCGUGGGCUAGCGGCAGGCCAAUGCCGGGAACGGCACAGCGGGCCUUUAUCGAGACACUGCCAGGCUAUGGCAGAGUUGUAUAGCGGAAUGGCCAUUUUGAGCUGGAAGGAAUAGAUUCAAGGUACUCGAGAGUCACAAUUCGUAAGCCACAUUCACUCCAUAUCAUUAUCUAGCCUCUCAUUCACCAGUCAAACUCAUAAGUGUCCGGUAGACAUAGACACGAUCUGCUCACCGCAAUUGUCAUUUGUGGGAUGUGCUGGACAUAGUUGGCCUUUUACGCUUUUACGCGGGCGCUCGGAAGUCAACACCUCGCUAGACAAUCCCUGAAGCCUGUCAUUUGCCAGGAAGGUGGACUAGUGCACUGUUGAGCUGGUUGGGGGUGCGGAGCAGUUUGGAUCCGGAUACGGUCAGCAACGUGACCCGCCGUAUAAGUACCGCUCCCUCCUCGCUUUCCCUCGACCCUUCCUCCUUCUACCACCCAUCAAUACCUUCAGUUCGUUAGCAAUCGUCUUCCCGUCGUUCAAUUCAACUUCUGAUCACACUCUCUGAGGCGUGGUCUAAUAAAAACCGUCAAAAUUUUCGCCACACUUCUUAACUCGUAAGUUCCCCACCAUUCUCCGCGGUCUCCCGACGAUGGCUGCCCCUAUCCCAAUGCUCCAAGAACAGCAAUUGGACCUUCCUCCAAGCAAUCCCACUUUCCAGGGUCUUCUUAUGGCUAAUCUGUCUCCUUUCCUUUAGGCGGCACCACCCGUUCAACGGCC